UUGCUUUACUUUAUUAUAUUGCUUACAAAUUAUUUGUAAGCUAGAGAAAACCAUAAAGACCUUCUACUUAAACUUGGAUACUUAAUUUUAGAUAGAUUUUGCUACCAUGUUUUAUGAAAUUCUUAUCUAUUAAUAGACCAUUGGCAUACCUAUAACACAGUAUAGUUAGUACAGAAGUUCUAAUUAUACCGGUUACAAUUCUCAGAAUGAUAAGCAUAAAUCAUUUAUGCUAACUUCAUAAAGCCAUCUUAAAGCAAAACCCCUUUAAGAAAAAAAUAAAACGAGCAGUAACGAUGACUGGCAAGUUUUUUUUGUUGGUCUCCAAAUUAACGCUUGAAGUUGCAAGCUUCUCCUCAGUUUGUUUUGAUCCUUAUUUCUUGUUGGAUCGCGACACGUGUGAUUCCCAAAAGAAAAGUGUGUGAUUAAAUGCCUUAGACGAUGUCACUCACUCACGGAACUUCGCUUUCUUAUCAGCGUAAGAAGGUGCAAUGCUGGGAUGACGAAACAUUACGAUUUUUGAACUUAAAACUAAUAAGAAUAUGACGAAGGCGGCUCCCCGGAAAGCAAUGAGUUUCAUCAGCACAUCAUGCAGUUUGGCACGUGUCGCCGGUCGUCAGCUGAGAGCCGGCGGCACGGGACUCCUCCAAAGCCGAGCCAGCAGCUCGGUUGAACCGUCGAAGGAGGCACCCCCAAAGAGUCCGGCGGCGGCUUCCGGUUCUGCGGCCAACAUUGGGGCGCGCACGCACGCCCCCAACAACUUUGAGAAGCGACUGCUGGUGUUUACGAAAAAGUACAAAUCCACCGACGAUAUUCCGCCACUGAUCAACCAGGACGUGAUGGAGCGGUGUCGCAACCAGGUGCGCAUCAAGAUCGCCAACUACAUGAUGCUGGCGACCGCGAUCGGGUGUGUCAUAAUGAUCAUGAGCGGCAAGCGCGCCCAGGAGCGCGGCGAAACGGUGCAGAAGAUGAACCUGGACUGGCACAAGGAGUACAACGAGAAGGCGAAGCAGGAGGACGCGGCCGCCGCGGCUUCCGCGAAGAAUUAGGGGUUGUGUUUUUUGGAGUUUUGUUUUUGUGGCCAUUGUUUUGAGGAUGGCUUUAAUUAAUCACUUGAAACGUGAAAUUCUCACAGCUCGUAGCUGCGCGAGCAGCGAAGCCAAAGGCUGUUGAAACGAAACGGAAGAGUAAUAGAUAUUGAUGAUAUUUUAGCUGUUUGUGUCGAACUCAAAAUAUAUAUUCUGAAAUUUAUG